CCCCUUGAGCUUUCAGUCUGUAUGGACACUCCCUGGAUAGGUCAUCCUUCCACAGUGAGGUGGUACAAGGCGUGGCUGGAGUUUUGCAACCUGGAGGCGGAUACGAGUCUAAUUUCCAUUCGCUCUAAGGUCCUGUGCUCCCAGCACUUCGCACCAGUUGCUUAUUUGCGCACAGGAAGGCUUCGGUGGGAUGCAGUUCCUACAUUGAAGCGCACACUGCAUGGCGUUGGAGGAAGUAGUGCCUACGCCAAUCAGAGCAGACUUGAAAGCAGUGGGCCUUCAACGGAGGAACGUGUGCAAGCUGUGGUAGCCUGCGAUGACGACAGCACAGGAGCAAUACACCUUCACCAGAUGAGUCAUCCUUGCCAUGCUGAAGAGUGUGGUACUGAAGAAAGUCAGCAACAGCGUGAUCUGUCUCAUCAGGACCAUAGCUACGCACAACACGCACCAGCCUUGUCAACACAGAGCACUGUUGUCUCCCCACUAGCUGCAGUUGUCACUCCUCUGCCAGGAACGUCGUCUGGUGUACUGCGUGCAGUCUCGUCACCUCAGCACUUAGGAGGUGGAAGUGGCUGGCAUCCCCCCAAAGAUUGCCCAUCGUCCAGUAGUCUAGCAGCUCCAGCACAGCCAACAAAAGGCAAGCUGGAUAACCUCCGCAAGAAAGUGCACCAGUUGCAAGCCCUGUGUUCAGCACCUGUGUUCAUAGAUACCUAGCAUACAUUUUCUAUUUU